UGGCAACCCUAGUUCUUGGUCUCCACAGGUCCAAGAUGACUGAAGCUCACGUAGGUUUGGGGAAGGUGGCCUUGUUCCGGCAAGAGUCCCCUGAAGGCCUCACCUACCGCGUCCCAGCUCUGAUGUACCUGCCUUCCGAGUCCACUUUCUUGGCCUUUGCAGAGGAACGCUUUUCACCCAGCGACAACCACGCGAAAUCUCUGGUGAUGAGACGAGGGAAGAAGGAUGGAGAAUCUGUUGAGUGGGGCCCUCAAGAGGCCCUGGUGACCGCCAUGCUUUCCAACCACCGCACCAUGAGCCCUUGCCCGGUGUACGACAGAAAGAGCGGACAGAUCUUCCUCUUCUUCAUCUGCGUCGAGACUCACGUCACCGAGCUCCACCAGAUCAAGUCGGGGAGGAACGCCGCCCUGCUGUGCUACGUCUCCAGCCAAGAUGGCGGCCGCAGCUGGAGCCAGUUGACUGAUUUGACCGAUCGGGUGAUCGGCGAGAAUUUGAGAAAUUGGGCAACCUUUGCCGUCGGGCCCGGCCACGGGUUGCAGACGAGCUCUGGCCGCUUGGUGAUCCCGGCGUAUACUUACUACGUCCACAAGCGCAUCUGCGGCCUCCCCAUCUGCUGCUGCACCAAGCCGCAUUGCUUCGUUUUCUACAGCGACGACGGUGGACGGAACUGGGCGCAAGGCCAGCUUGUCACGACUUGGCGCGCAGGGGAAUGCCAGGUGGCCGAGCUCACCCGGCAAGACAACAGCCAAGUGUUAUACUGCAACGCCCGCAGUCCUGAGGGACACCGGGUCGAGGCCUUCAGCGCAGAUGACGGGAACCAAUUUGAGGAGUCCUUCCUGUGCAAAGAGUUGCCAGAGACCGGGAAAGGUUGCCACGGCAGUGUGGUGAGUUUCGCUCCGGUGCUGCGGCCCUCAGAUUUGGGCCCCCAGGCGAACGAGGAAGGCAAAAUGAGUCGUCUGAUUGACGUUAGCCCCUCAGCGUCCCUGAAGACUCCCAAGCAAUGGCUGCUUUACUCUCACCCCACUGGCAGACGCAAGCGAGUCAACCUGGGGAUCUUCCUCAACACCUCUCCGCUGGCAAAGGGCAGCUGGAAGGACCCCUGGGUGCUGUAUGAGGGGCCCAGCGGCUACUCGGACCUGGCUGUGUGCGAGGAGGGCCCGGUGCUGCUGUUUGGUUGUUUGUUUGAGAGCGGAGUGUCUAGCGAGUUGGAGGAGAUCGCCUUCCAGCUUUUCACUAGUACCGAACUCCUGAGGAACGUGAGGGAAAGUUGAUUACAUGCGGGUUCUCCCUCAGAGUUGCGGCUGCCCUAAAGUAGUC